UCAGACGAGGCAAGCUGCGACUGGAAGUUGGGUUCCGACACCGAACGGUCUUUUGCCAGCAUCACCACCACCACCAACGCCAACACAACCUUGCCUCGCUUUCUUCCCGAGAAAUACCAAGUAACGACACAUCACCAACUCGAACCACAUAGCUCAAAAUUUACUACGUUACAUACUCUACAAGCAACACGUCUCUCGAGUCUUCAGCAUCGCCUACCUUACGGCGAAGGAAUACCCAUCGACAACCCUUACGAAUCCGCAACGCAUCUGCAACAUGUCCAGCCCCAAGGAGCGACGCAUCCUCAAGGAGUUGGGUGACAUUCGCAAUGACAGGGACAACUCUGGAGUAUUUGCUCAGCCGCUCGACGAGACCAACUUGCUGCAUCUGAAGGGCUCCUUUCCCGCACCUCCCGAUACACCAUACGCCGGCGGCUUGUACGAAGUCGACAUUAAGAUUCCCGACAGCUACCCCUUCAAGUCUCCCACCAUCAAGUUCAUCACCAAGAUCUGGCAUCCCAAUGUCAGCAGUCAAACCGGAGCCAUCUGUCUCGACACGCUCGGCAGUGGCUGGUCUCCAGUGCAGACGAUAAAGACGGCGCUGCUUUCCCUCCGCAUGCUGCUCGAGUUCCCGAAUCCCAAGGAUCCCCAAGACGCAGAGGUGGCCAAGAUGAUGCUGGAGAACCCCGAGGGGUUUGCGAAAAAGGCACACGAGUGGGCCGUCAAGCACGCUGGUGCACCGUCAAAGGAUUUUGACACAACAAAGUACAAGCAGGUUGCUUCCGAAGUAAAGGAAGAUGACGCAAACAGGUAUGCCGGCUACAAUAAGGAUCUUAUUGACCGCUUUGUCGGCAUGGGAUUCGAGCUCGAUGCUGUCGUUGAGGCCUUUACCUUUAUUGGGAUCGACCGCAAUGGUGGCAUGGACUAUGAGCUGGAGGAGGCGUACCUUGGCGACAUCACCGCCCACCUCCUCGGCGAGCAAUGAUUCGACUACCCGGCAACAGAUCGCUCGACGGAACGGUCGGUCGAGGUCGAAGGUUAGCCGGCCAUGACCUCGUCGAUCCGAGGGCGAAAUGAGUACAAAGUCACGAACACGGCAAAUCAUGAGACGACGGGCAGCAUUGCAUCGAGUAUGGAGUUGGUCUACAUCUAGAGUUGGGCAUUAGUGGAAUUCUGGCUUUCGGGGCGAGUGGUUCGUUGACGUUGCGGUAGAGGGAACUCGGAGCAUUUCUGGCUUGAAAAGCUCAGAAUGCCGCCUUCGAGUCCUCACUGCUUGCGCGCUCGUAUGGACCAUUUUGCUUUGACAGCAACCUGUCGCAUGUCUGUUAUCCAGGCGGGAAUAAGGACGGUUGGUUUGACCGGGGCACGGAGUAUUUGUCUGCCUGAGCGUUUGGCUCUGGCAGUUCCGCAUCGCGGACUUUUGGCGUUUUGGGCACGCGGGACGUUUUCUGGUUUGUUCUACUCUUCUUCCAUCA